AAGGCCCCGCGAGCCUCCACCGCGGCAGCCGCAGCCCCUCGGCCGCGCUCAGCAAAGAUGCCCCGGGCGCCGCUCCUGCGGCUGCUGCUGGCGGUCUCGGCAGCAGCGGCGGUGGCCGGCGAGCCCGGGACGGCGCUGCCCCCUACCACGGGGGAUGCCACCCUGGCCAUCGUCUUAGACGUUACCGGCUCCAUGUGGGACGACCUGAUGCAGGUGAUGCACGGCGCCUCGCGCAUUCUGGAGCACAGCCUGAGCCGUGGCAGCCAGGUCAUCGGCAACUACGCGCUGGUGCCCUUCCGUGAUCCAGAUAUUGGCCCGGUGACCCUCACGGCCGACCCAGCGGUGUUUCAGAGGGAGCUGAGAGAACUCUACGUGCAGGGAGGCGGGGACUGCCCAGAGAUGAGCAUGGGGGCCAUCAAGGCUGCCGUGGAGGUCGCCAACCCCGGCUCCUUCAUCUACGUUUUCUCGGACGCCCGCGCCAAGGACUACCACAAGAAGGACGAGGUGCUGCAGCUGCUGCAGCUUAAACAGUCACGGGUGGUCUUUGUGCUGACGGGGGACUGUGGGGACCGUACUCAUCCUGGCUACCUGGCCUACGAGGAGAUUGCUGCCACCAGCUCCGGGCAGGUGUUCCACCUGGACAGGCAGCAGGUGACCGAGGUGCUGAAGUGGGUGGAGUCAGCAAUCCAGACCUCCAAGGUGCACCUGCUGUCCACGGACCACGAGGAAGACGGCGAGCACACGUGGAAGAUCCCCUUUGACCCCAGCCUGAAGGAGGUCACCAUCUCCCUGAGUGGCCCGGGGCCCGAGAUCGAAGUCCAAGACCCGCUGGGGAGGAUCCUGCAGAGGGACGAGGGCCUCGACGUGCUCCUCAACAUCCCUGACUCGGCCAAGGUUGUGGCCUUUAAGCCUGAGCAUCCUGGGCUGUGGUCCAUCAAGGUCUAUAGCAGCGGCCGCCAUUCGGUCAGGAUCACGGGCAUCAGCAACGUCGACUUCCGAGCUGGCUUCUCCACUCAGCCCUCCCUGGACCUCAGCCACACCAUCGAGUGGCCCCUGCAAGGGGUGCCCAUCUCCCUGGUGAUCAACUCCACAGGCCUGCAGCCACCCGGCCACCUGGACUCAAUGGAGCUCUCACACAGCUCAGGGCGGUCCCUCCUGACUUUGCCCAUGCAGCUCCUCUCCAACGGAUCCACCCAUCAGCUGUGGGGUGGGCCGUCCUUCCGCACCCCCCAGGAGCGCUUCUACCUCAAGGUGAAGGGCAAGGACCAUGAGGGAAACGCCCUCCUCCGCAUCUCUGGAGUUUCCUACCGUGGGGUGGCCCCAGGUGCCCCCCUGGUCAGCAUGCCCCCCUGGAUCCACGGCUACCUGCACCAGCCCCUGGUGGUCUCCUGCUCUGUGCACAGCGCCCUCCCCUUCUGGCUACAGCUGCGGCGGGAUGGAGCCAGGCUGGGCGAGGAGAGGCACUUUCAGGGGUCAGGGAACAGCAGCUGGGAGAUCCCGCGGGCCUCCAAGGCUGAGGAAGGCACAUAUGAAUGCACGGCGGUCAGCGGGGCUGGGACCGGACGAGCAAAGGCCCAGAUUGUCGUCACAGACCCCCCGCCGCAGGUGGUCCCUGUCCCCAACGUGACCGUGUCCUCUGGAGAGACCGCCAUCCUGUCCUGCCGGGUCCUGGGCGAGGCCCCCUACAACCUGACGUGGGUCCGGGACUGGCGAGUCCUGUCGGCCUCGACGGGCAGAGUCACCCAGUUGGCCAACCUGUCCCUGGAGGUCAGGGACAUCACCCCCAGUGACGGCGGGCGGUACCAGUGCAUGGCCAGCAACUCCAACGGGGUCACGAGGGCGUCCGUCUGGCUCCUGGUGCGAGAGGCCCCACAGGUCAGCAUCCACGCCAGGUCACAGCGCUUUUCCCAGGGCAUGGAGAUGAGGGUCCGCUGCUCGGCCUCUGGGUACCCUGCACCCCACGUUUCCUGGAGCCAUGAGGGUCAUGCCCUGCAAGAGGACAGCAGAGUCCGCGUGGAUGCCCAGGGAACCCUGAUCAUUCAGGGAGUGGCCCCAGAGGAUGCUGGGAAUUACAGCUGCCAGGCUGCUAAUGACAUUGGCACAGACGAGAAGACGGUCACCCUAUACUAUGCAGACCCACCGUCCGUCUCGGCCACGAAUGCUGUGGUGCUGGCCGCCGUCGGGGAGGAGGCUGUGCUGGCGUGUGAGGCGUCCGGGGUGCCUCCGCCCCGGGUCAUCUGGUAUCGAGAGGGUCUUGAAAUGAUUCUGGCCUCUGAGGGCUCCAGCUCUGGGAUGCUGCGAAUCCCGGUGGCUCGGGAGAGGGACGCUGGCGUCUAUACCUGCCGAGCUGUCAAUGAGUUGGGCGAUGCCUCUGCAGAAAUCCGGCUGGACGUUGGACAUGCGCCCCAGCUGACAGAGCUGCCCCAGGAUGUCACCGUGGAACUGGGGAGGAGCGCCCUCCUGGCGUGCCGGGCCACGGGCCGCCCAUCCCCUAUGGUCACCUGGCGCCGUGGAGAUGGCCAGCCACUGGGGCCCGGGCGGGGCAGCACGACUGGGCGGCCCGAUUCAGGAGUGCUGUUCUUUGAAAGUGUGAUUCCUGAAGACCAGGCCCCGUAUGUCUGUGAAGCUCAAAAUGUCUUCGGGAAGGUCCAGGCAGAGGCCCACCUCCUUGUGACUGGACAUGCACCUCCACAGAUCGCGAGCAGUGCCUCCACCGUCCGGGUGCUGGAGGGGCAGCCCGUGUCCCUGCCCUGCAUCAUCCUGGCUGGGAGGCCCCGCCCCGAGAGGCGCUGGCUCAAGGCCGGCCAGCCCCUCCCACCGGGCAGCCAGCAUUCCGUCCGAGCAGAUGGCAGUCUCCACCUUGACCAGGCGCUGUUGGAGGAUGCAGGGAGGUACACCUGUUUGGUCAGCAACACGGCCGGCUCUCAACACAGGGACGUGCAGCUGGUUGUCCAGGUGCCACCUAGAAUCCAGCCCACGGCCACCCACCAUAUCACCAAUGAAGGCGUUCCAGCCUCUCUCCCCUGUGUAGCCUCAGGAGUGCCCACCCCUACUGUCACCUGGACCAAGGAAACCAAUGCCCUGGCCUCCAGGGAUCCCCACUACAAUGUGAGCAAGGAUGGUACCCUGGUCAUCGCCCGGCCAUCUGCCCAGGAUGCAGGGGCCUAUGUCUGCACAGCCACCAACGCCGUGGGCUUCUCCAGCCAGGAAAUGCAGCUUUCUGUCAACACCAAGCCCAGGAUCCUUGUGAACGGGUCAUGUGACGCAGACAAGCCGCUGAGUGUCACAGCCAAGGCCAGUGACGAGGUGACCCUGGACUGCGAAGCCCAGGGCUCUCCACCCCCCCUGGUCACCUGGGCCAAGGACUCCCUCCCUGUGCCACCCGUCACCGACAGGCAUUGCCUCCUCCCAUCAGGCUCCCUGCAUCUGGCCCAGGCCCAGUUGAGUGACAGCGGCCUCUACGAAUGCACAGCCAGUAACCCUGCGGGGUCCGCUGCUCGGUACUACAUCCUCAGGGUGCAAGUGCCCCCCCAGGUGCAGCCGGGCCCGCGGCUCCUGAAGGCACUGGUGGGGGAGGCUCUGGACCUGAACUGCGCGGCCGAGGGCAACCCGGAGCCCCAGCUGACCUGGUCCAAGGAUGGGGUGGCCCUGCGGGGCGGGGGGCCCAAUGGCUCCGUCCACUUCAUGGCCAUCCGAACCUCGGACGCUGGGACGUACCGCUGUGAGGCCUCCAGCAGCGCUGGGGUGGAUGCCUGGGAGCUGGAGCUCAGGGUGCUGGAGCCGCCGUACUGGGGGGCCGAUGAGACCAGUGGCCUGCUGGAGAGGGUAGCAGGAGAGAACGCCAGCUUGCCGUGCCCUGCCAGAGGGACGCCCAAGCCGCAGAUCACGUGGCGGAAGGGCCCGUCCUCGGAACCCCUGCGUGGCCGGCCGGGCCUGGCAGUGCUGGAUGAAGGCUCUCUGUUUCUGGCCUCGGUCUCUCCCACCGACGGUGGAGACUACGAGUGUCAGGCCACCAACGAGGCGGGCUCCGCAUCCAGGAGAGCCAGGCUGGUCGUCCAUGUGCCCCCCAGCAUCCGGGAGAACGGGCACAGGGCCAAUGUGUCAGGCAUGGCUGGGCAGUCCCUGACGCUGGAGUGUGACGCAAAUGGCUUUCCGGCCCCCGAGGUCACGUGGCUCAAGGAUGGGCAGCAGAUCCCCGAGGUGGGCAGCCACCGCCUCCUGGACGGGGCCCGGGCCCUCUACUUUCCCAGGAUCCAGGAGGGCGAUUCUGGCCUCUACUCCUGCAGGGCCGAGAACCAGGCUGGGACUGCGCAGAGGGACUUUGAUCUCCUUGUGCUCAUCCCACCUUCCGUGCUUGGAGCCGAGGCCCCUCAGGAGGUGCUGGGCCUGGCUGGUGUAGGGGUGGAGCUGGAGUGCCAGACCUCGGGGGUCCCCACGCCCCAGAUGGAAUGGACCAAGGAUGGGCAACCUGUCCUUCCGGGGGACCCUCGAAUCCAGCUGCAGGAGGACGGCCAGGUUCUCAGAAUCACCACCAGUCACCUGGGGGAUGAAGGGUGGUACCGGUGCGUGGCCUUCAGCCCAGCCGGCCAGCAGGCCAAGGACUUUCAGCUCAGAAUCCACUCACCUCCCACCAUCUGGGGCUCCAACGAGACAAGUGAGUUGGCCGUCAUGGAGGGCCACCCCAUGUGGCUCCUGUGUGAAGCCCGAGGAGCGCCCACGCCUGACAUCAUCUGGUUCAAGGAUGGGGACCCCCUGCUUCCAAGUGCCGGGGCCGUCUACACCAGGGGCGGCCGACAGCUGCAUCUGGAGAGGGCCCAGGGCUCGGACACUGGCAUCUACACCUGCAGGGCCAGCAACCCCGUGGGGGUCAUGGAGAAGGCCACCCGGCUGGAGGUUUUCGUCCCGCCCACCAUCGAGGGCGCUGGUGGAGGGCCCCGUGUGGUGAAGGCCGUGGCUGGGAGGCCCCUGGCGCUGGAGUGUGUGGCCAGAGGCCACCCACCCCCCACCCUCUCCUGGCACCACGAGGGGCUACCCGUGGUGGAGAGCAAUGGAACGUGGCUGGAGGCGGGCGGCGGCAUGCUGAGCCUGGAGAGCCUGGGGGAGGCGUCUGGAGGCCUGUACAGCUGCGUGGCCAGCAGCCCCGCCGGGGAGGCCGUGCUGCAGUACUCCGUGGAGGUGCAGGUGCCCCCGCAGCUCCUGUUGGCUGAAGGCUUGGGCCCGGUGACCACCCUCGUAGGACAGCCCCUGGACCUUCCCUGCCAGGCCUCAGGCUCCCCAGUGCCCACGAUCCACUGGCUGCAGAAUGGCCGCCCAGCCGAGGAGCUGGCCGGGGUGCAGCUGACCUCCCAGGGGACCACACUGCGCAUCGACCACGUGGAGCUGGACCACGCGGGCCUCUUCGCCUGCCAGGCCACCAAUGAAGCGGGCACUGCAGGGGCUGAAGUGGAGUUGUCUGUGCACGAGCUCCCGUCGGUGGUCAUAGUUGGGGGUGAGAACAUCACAGCCCCUUUCCUGCAGCCUGUGACCCUCCAAUGUGCAGGGACUGGGGUACCUACCCCAAGCCUCCGCUGGUGGAAGGAUGGUGUGGCCCUGGCAGCCUCGGGGGGGAACCUGCAGAUCGAGAAGGUGGACCUGAGGGACGAAGGCAUCUACUCCUGUGCUGCCACUAACCUGGCUGGGGAGAGCAGGAGAGACGUGGCGCUCAAGGUGUUGGUGCCCCCCAAUAUCGAGCCGGGCCUGGUCAAAAAGGCAGUGCUGGAAAAUGCCUCCGUAAACUUGGAGUGUCUGGCUUCAGGCGUACCCGCUCCUGAUAUCUCCUGGUUCAAGGGCCACCAGCCUGUCUCUGCCCAGAAGGGAGUGACGGUGUCAGCUGAUGGGAGAGUUCUCCUCAUUGAGCGAGCCCAGUCUUCUGACGCUGGGAGCUACCGCUGUGUGGCAUCCAAUGUGGCAGGCAGCACAGAGCUGCAGUAUGGCCUACGGGUCAAUGUGCCUCCGCGCAUCACUCUGCCACCCAGCCUGCCGGGCCCCGUGAUGCUCCACAGCCCGGUUCGGCUGACCUGUAACGCCACGGGAGCCCCCAGCCCCAUGCUGAUGUGGCUGAAGGAUGGAAACCCUGUGUCCACUGCAGGGACCUCUGGCCUCCAGGUCUUCCCUGGGGGCCGGGUCCUCACGCUGGCCAGUGCCCGGGCUUCCGACUCCGGCAGCUACUCCUGCGUCGCCGUGAAUGCGGUGGGCGAGGACCGCCGGGACAUCAUCCUGCAUGUCCACGUGCCCCCAAGCAUCCUUGGAGAAGAGCUGAAUGUGUCCGUCGUGGCCAACGAGUCAGUGGCCCUGGAGUGCCAGAGCCACGCUGUGCCCCCUCCCGUGCUGAGCUGGCGGAAGGACGGCCGCCCCCUGGAGCCCCGGCCUGGCAUCCGCCUCUCCGCAGACAAGGCCUUGCUGGAGGUGGACAGAGCCGGGGUGGUGGACGCAGGCCGCUAUACCUGCGAGGCGCGGAACCAGGCAGGCUGCUCGGAGAAACACUACAACCUAAAUGUCUGGGUCCCUCCAGUGUUCCCCUCACCAGAGCCUCACACCCUGACUGUGACCGAGGGGCACCCCGCCAGGCUGUCCUGCGAAUGUUGGGGCGUCCCCUUCCCCAAGAUCUCCUGGAGGAAGGACGGUCAGCCUCUGCCCAUGGACGGCGCCGGCCUUGGGCAGGUGUCAGCUGUGGGGCGGCUGCUGUAUCUAGCACAGGCCCAGCCGGCCCAGGAGGGAACGUACACCUGUGAGUGCAGCAACGUGGCCGGGAAUAGCAGCCGGGACCAGCAACUGGAGGUGCUUGUUCCCCCUCAGAUCGCGGGCCCCUGGGAGCCCCACACACAGGUGUCCGUGGUCCAGGACAAAGAGGCCACUCUGGAAUGCAACGCCACAGGGAAACCCCCGCCCAGGGUGACGUGGGAGCGGGACGGCGAGCCAGUGGGGGCCGAGCCUGGCCUGCAGCUGCAGAGCCAGGGUCAGAGGCUGCACAUGGAGCGGGCUCGGGCUGUCCACGCCGGGCACUACAGCUGCAUGGCUGAGAACGUGGCCGGGAGGGCCGAGAGGAGGUUUUCGCUCUCUGUGCUGGUGCCCCCAGAGCUCAUUGGAGACUUGGACCCACUGACCAAUGUCACGGCUGUGUUGCACAGCCCCUUGACGCUGCUCUGUCAAGCCACAGGCAUCCCGCCUCCAGGGGUCCUCUGGUUCCGAGGGGAGGAACCCAUCAGCCCCGGGCAGGACACCUACCUCUUGGCAGGUGGCUGGAUGCUGAAGAUGACCUGGGCCCAGGAGCGAGACAGAGGCCUCUACUCGUGCCUGGCAAGCAACGAGGCUGGGGAGGUGCGGAGGAACUUCAGCGUGGAGGUCCUGGUUCCUCCCAGUAUCGAGAACGAGGACCUGGAGGAGGCAAUCAAGGUUCCCGAGGGGCAGACGGCUCGCCUGACGUGCAAUGUCACGGGCCACCCACAGCCCAAGGUCACAUGGUUCAAAGAUGGCAGGCCCCUGGCUGGCGGAGAGGCCCACCGCAUCUCUCCAGAUGGAGCCCUCCUGCAGGUCCUCCAGGCCAACCUGUCUAGUGCAGGCCACUACUCCUGUAUCGCGGCCAACGCCAUAGGAGAGAAGACCAAACAUUUCCACCUUAGCGUCCUGGUGGUUCCCACCAUCCUGGGAGUGAGCGAGGACGGUGCUGACGAGGAGGUGACCGUGACCAUCAACAACCCCGUCUCCCUGAUCUGCGAGGCGCUGGCCUUUCCCUCCGCCACCAUCACCUGGAUGAAGGAUGGGGCCCCGUUUGAGGGCUUGAACAACGUCCAGCUGCUCCCAGCAGGCACCCACGGGCUGCAGAUCCUGAAUGCCCAGAAGGAAGACGCGGGCCAGUACACCUGCGUGGUCACCAAUGAGCUUGGCGAGGCCAUGAAGAACUACCACGUGGAAGUCCUCAUUCCCCCUUCCAUCUCCAAAGAUGACCCCUCCGGGGAGGUCGUCGUGAAGGAAGUGAAGUCCAAGGUCAAUAGUACCUUGACCCUGGAGUGCGAGUGCUGGGCCACGCCCCCACCCACCAUCAGCUGGUACAAAGACGGACGGCCCGUGACCCCCGACCAGCGUAUCCACAUCCUUGGUGAAGGACAGCUACUUCAGAUCCAGCCCACACAGGUCUCGGAUUCUGGGCGAUACGUGUGCAUGGCCACCAAUGUGGUUGGCGAGGAUGACCAGGACUUCAACGUGCUCAUCCAGGUACCCCCCAUGUUCCAGAAGGUGGGAGAUGCCGGUGCAGCCUUUGAGACCCUGUCCCGAGAGGAAGAGGCCCGGGGUGGGGUGACGGAAUACCGGGAGAUCGUGGAGAACAACCCCGCCUACCUGUACUGUGACACCAACGCGGUCCCACCCCCGGAGCUCACCUGGUACAGGGAAGACCAGCCCCUCUCGGCCACAGAUGGGGUGUCUGUUCUGCAAGGAGGCCGGGUCCUGCAGAUCCCCCUGGUGCGUGCGGAAGAUGCCGGGAGGUACUCUUGCAAGGCCUCCAAUGAGGUGGGCGCGGACUGGCUGCACUACCAGCUGCUGGUGCUGACCCCACCUGUGAUCCCGGGUGCCACAGAGGAGCUGGUGGAGGAGGUGACUGUCAACGCCAGCAGCACCGUCAGCCUACAGUGCCCGGCCCUGGGCGACCCUGUGCCCACCAUCUCGUGGCUCCAGAUGGGGCUGCCUGUCUCCCCAAGCCCGUGGCUGCAGGUCCUGGAGGACGGGCAAGUGUUGCAGGUGUCCACGGCAGAGGUGGCUGACGCUGCCAGCUACAUGUGUGUGGCCGAGAACCCGGCGGGCUCCGCGGAGAAGCUCUUCACCCUCAGGGUGCAAGUCCCACCACGAAUCGCGGGUCUGAACUCGGAGCAGGUCACCGCCAUCCUCAACAGCAGCGUCUCCUUCCCAUGCGAGGUCCACGCUCACCCGAGCCCUGAAGUCACGUGGUACAAGGACAGCCGGGCCCUCUCCAUGGGAGAAGAAGUCUUCCUCCUGCCUGGCACCCACACGCUGCAGCUGUCUCGGGCACAGCCGUCGGACUCUGGAAUGUACAUGUGUGAGGCCCUCAAUGCCGCCGGCCGGGACCAAAAGCUGGUGCAGCUUAGCGUGCUGGUUCCCCCAACCUUCAGGCAGGCUUCCAGUGGCCCCCAGGGUGUGGUCCUGGUGAAGGCGGGGGACAAGGCCGUCCUGAGCUGCGAGGCAGACUCACUUCCCGAGCCAGCCGUGACCUGGCACAAGGACGGGCAGCCCCUGGUCCUGGUACAGAGGACCCAAGCUCUGCUGGGUGGGCAGAGGCUGGAGAUCCAGGACACCCAGGUGUCGGAUAAAGGUUUAUACAGCUGUAGAGUCAACAAUACAGCCGGGGAGGCCGUGCGGACCUUCAUCCUCACGGUCCAGGUGCCCCCAACGUUUGCGAACCCCAAGACGGAGACUGUGAGUCAGGUGGCUGGAAGCCCCCUGGUCCUGAGCUGUGACGUGACUGCAGUCCCUGCACCUAGUGUUACCUGGCUGAAAGACAGAAUGCCUGUUGAAAGCAGUGUGGCACGUGGUGUGGUCUCCCGGGGGGGCCGCCUCCAGCUGAGUCACUUGCAGCCAGACGAGGCUGGCACCUACACGUGUGUGGCCGAGAAUGCCCUGGCGGAGGCCCGCAAGGACUUCGUGGUGGCCGUGCUGGUGGCCCCCCGGAUCCGGAGCUCGGGCGCCACGCAGGAGCACAGCGUCCUGGAGGGGCAGGGGCUGCGGCUGGACUGCGAGGCUGAGGGGCAGCCACCACCCGACGUGGCCUGGUUGAAGGACGGUGGCCCGCUGGGCCAGGGCGCCGGCCCCCACCUCCGGUUCUACCUGGAGGGCAGCUCCCUGGUGCUAAAGGGCCUGAGGGCCUCGGACUCGGGGGCCUACACCUGCGUGGCCCACAACGCGGCCGGUGAGGACGCCAGGCUGCACACCGUGAACGUGCUGGUGCCUCCCACCAUCGAGCAGGGGGCAGAGGGCGCAGGGACCCUGGUGAGCAGGCCUGGGGAGCUGGUGACCAUGGCGUGCCCUGUCCGGGGCUCCCCGCGCAUCCACGUCAGCUGGCUCAAGGAUGGCCUGCCCCUCGCUCUCUCCCAGCGCACCCACCUCCACGGCUCGGGCCGCACCCUCAGGAUUUCCCAGGUGCAGCUGGCAGAUUCCGGCAUCUUCACCUGUGUGGCUUCGAGCCCAGCGGGCGUGGCCGACAGGAACUUUACCUUGCAGGUGCACGUGCCCCCUGUCCUGGAGCCAGUCGAGUUCCAGAAUGACGUGGCGGUGGUCCGUGGCUCCCCGGUGGUCCUCCCCUGUGAAGCCCGGGGCAGCCCCCCGCCCCUCGUUUUGUGGAUGAAGGAUGGGGAACCCUUUUUGCCCCGGAGCCUGGAACAGGGGCCUGGCCUACAGCUGGAGACAGCGGGAGUUGGCGACUCAGGGAUCUACUCCUGCGUGGCCGUGAGCGAGGCAGGGGAAGCGAGGAGGCAUUUCCGGCUGACGGUGAUGGAUCCCCCCCACAUCGAGGACUCAGGCCAGCCUGCAGAGCUGUUGCUGACCCCCGGCACCCCCUUGGAGCUCCUCUGCGAUGCCCGGGGCACCCCGCAACCCAGCAUCACGUGGCACAAGGAUGGGCAGGCCCUGAACAGGCCGAAGGACAGCAAGAGGGCCGGGCGGGGGCUCCGGGUGGAGGGUGUGCAGGUGGGUGACGCUGGGCUGUACACUUGCCUGGCCCAUAGCCCUGCUGGUGAAAUCGAGAAGAGCUUCCGGGUCAGAGUUCAAGCCCCCCCAAAUGUCAUUGGGCCCCAAGGCCCCCACGGUGUGGUUGGCCUGGCCCCGGGACAGCUGGUUCUAGAGUGCUCGGUGGAGGCAGAUCCCGCACCGGAGAUCGAGUGGCACCGUGAUGGCAUCCUGCUGCAGGCAGAUGCCCACACCCAGUUCCCAGAGCAGGGCAGGUUCCUCCAGCUGCAGGCCCUGAGCACGGCCGACAGUGGCAACUACAGCUGCACAGCCCGCAAUGCUGCAGGCAGCACCAGUGUGGCCUUCCACGUGGAGGUCCACACGGUGCCCACCAUCCGGCCGGGACCACCUGCAGUGAACGCCUCCGUGAACCAGACGGCUCUGCUGUCCUGCAAGGCAGACGGUGCCCCCCCGCCCCUUGUGAACUGGCGGAAGGACGGCAUCCCUCUGGAUCCUGAGAGCCCCAGGUUUCAGGUUCUGCCUGAGGGUUCCCUGAGGAUCCAGCCAGUCCUCACCCAGGAUGCCGGCCACUACCUCUGCCUGGCGUCCAACGCCGCAGGUUCCGAUCGGCAGGGCCGCGACCUCCGGGUCUUCGAGCCUCCAGCCAUCGCCCCCGGCCCCUCCAACCUGACUCUGACUGCUGACACCGCCGCCUCACUGCCCUGUGAGGCCAGAGGCUCUCCCAAGCCCCUUGUGGUCUGGUGGAAGGAUGGACAGAAGCUGGACUUCCGCCUGCAGCAGGGAGCCUACCGGCUCCUGCCCUCCAACGCCUUGCUCCUCACAGCCCCCAGCCCUCAGGAUUCAGCCCAGUUUGAGUGUGUGGCGAGCAAUGAACUGGGCGAGGCCCACAGGCUCUACUGGGUGACGGUUCACGCGCCUCCCACCAUUGCCGACGACCAGACAGACUUCACCGUGACCAUGAUGGCGUCCGUGGUCCUCACGUGCCACAGCACAGGGGUGCCAGCCCCAGUUGUGUCCUGGAGCAAAGCAGGCACCCAGCUGGGGUUGCGGGGGAACGGCUACCGUGUGUCACCCUCGGGUGCCCUGGAGAUCAGGCAGGCCCUCCCCAUCCAUGCCAGCAGAUACACCUGCACGGCCCGCAGCUCCGCCGGCGUGGCCCACAAGCACGUGGUCCUCACCGUGCAAGCCUCCCCCGUGGUAAAGCCACUACCCAGUGUGGUCUGGGCGGUGGCAGAGGAGGAGGUGCUGCUGCCCUGCGAGGCCUCGGGCAUCCCCCGGCCGAGCAUCACCUGGCAGAAGGAGGGGCUCACCGUCCCUGCAGGGGUGAGGACCCAGGUCCUAACCAGUGGACAGCUGCGAAUUAUCCAUGUCAGCCCAGAGGAUGCUGGGAACUAUUUCUGCGUCGCCCAGAACAGCGCAGGCAGUGCCCUGGGGAAGACUCGGCUGGUGGUGCAAGUCCCGCCUGUGAUCGAGGCUGGCCUUCCCGACCUGUCCGCCACGGAAGGCUCCCACGCCCUCUUGCCCUGCACGGCCAGCGGCAGUCCUGAGCCCGACAUCACCUGGGAAAAGGACGGCCAGCCUGUGUCUGGAGCUGAGGGGAAGUUCACCAUCCAGCCUUCCGGGGAGCUGCUGGUGAAGAACUCAGAGAGCCAGGAUGCAGGCACCUACACCUGCACUGCCGAGAAUGCCGUGGGCCGCGCCCGCCGCCUCAUGCACCUCGCCAUCUUGGCACCGCCUGUCUUCACCAGCCUACCUGGGGACCGCAGCCUGAACCUUGGGGACAGGCUGUGGCUUCACUGUGCGGCCCGUGGCAGCCCUACGCCCCGAAUAGGCUGGACUGUCAACAACCAACCGGUCACAGAGGGAGUGACCGAGCAGAACGGGGGCAGCACACUGCAGCGGACGGCAGUCACCAGAGAGGACAGCGGGACCUACGUGUGCUGGGCCGAGAACAGAGUGGACCGGGUGCAAGCGGUCAGCUUCGUCCACGUGAAGGAGGCUCCUGUCCUACAAGGGGAGGCUUUUUCCUACCUGGUGGAACCCGUUGGGGGCAGCGUCCGGCUGGACUGUGUGGUCCAUGGAGACCCGGCACCCAACAUCCACUGGAUCAAAGAUGGCCUUCUGCUGCAGGGAAGCCGGCUCCGGCACAGGCUGCAGAAUGGCUCGUUGACCAUCCGUAGGACCGAGAAGGACGACGCGGGACGAUACCAGUGCCUGGCAGAGAAUGAGCUGGGCGCGGUGGAGAAAGUGGUGGUCCUUGUGCUGCAGAGUGCCCCAGUGUUCCAGGUGAAGCCCCAAGACGUGACAGUGAGAUCUGGGGAUGCCGUGGCCCUGCGGUGCCAGGCCUCUGGAGAGCCGGUGCCCACGGUGGAGUGGCUGCGAGCGGGCCAGCCCUUGCGGACCAGCCGGCGGCUCAGGACCCUAACGGACGGGAGCCUGUGGCUGGAGCGAGUGGAGGCUGGGGAUGCGGGCGCAUAUGAGUGCGUUGCUCACAACCUCCUGGGCUCUGCCACAGCCCGGGCCUUCCUGGCCGUGAGAGGGGAGCCCCGGGGGAGCCGGGGCAGCGUGACUGGGGUGAUCAAUGGGCAGAAAUUUGGUACGGCUGUCCUCAACACCAGCGUGCGGCAGGAGGCACGUUCUGGGGUCACCACCAUCUGCAGCAGCAUCAGCCACAUCCCUGCGAGUGUGGGGCCUCUGAUGCGGGUGCUUGUGGUCACCAUCGCCCCCAUCUACUGGGCUCUGGCCAGAGAGAGUGGAGAUGCCCUGAACGGCCACUCCCUGACGGGCGGCCGCUUCCAGCAGGAGUCGCAUGUGGAGUUUGCCACAGGGGAGCUGCUCACAAUGACCCAGGUGGCCCGGGGCCUGGAUCCCGAUGGCUUCCUACUCCUCGACGUGGUGGUCAAUGGCAUCGUCCCCGAGAGCCUGGCGGACGCAGAUCUGCAAGUGCAGGACUUCCAGGAGCAGUACGUGCAGACGGGGCCCGGCCGGCUCUUUGUGGGCUCCACGCAGAGCUUCCUGCAGGACGGCCUCCUGUCGUUCCUGCGCGGCAACCACAGCAUCCGGUACAACGCGGCCCAGGGCCCCCAGCCCCAGCUGGUGCAGCACCUGCGGGCCUCCGCUGUCAGCUCGGCCUUCGACCCCGAGGCCAAGGCCCUGCGCUUCCAGCUCUCCACGGCCCUGCAAGCUGAAGAGAAUGAAGUCGGCUGCCCAGAGGGCUUUGAGCUGGACACCCAGGGAGAGUUUUGCGUGGACAGGGACGAGUGCUCGGGCAGUCCCAGCCCCUGCACCCACUCCUGCCGCAACGUGCCCGGCCGCUUCUCUUGCUCCUGCCCAGCUGGCUUCACCCUGGCCAGGGACGAAAGGACCUGCAGAGAUGUGGACGAGUGCGCUUGGGAGCCCGACCCUUGCCGCGAGGGACAGCGCUGCGUGAACCUGCUGGGGUCCUACCGCUGCCUCCCUAACUGCGAGCCCGGCUUCCGGGUGGCCACUGGUGGAGCCGGCUGUGAAGAUGUGGACGAGUGUCUGGAGCAGACGGACGAGUGUCACUACAGCCAGAUCUGUGAGAACACCCCAGGCGGGCACCGCUGCGGCUGCCCCAGGGGGUACCGGGCCCAGGGCCCCGGCCUGCCCUGCCUAGAUAUCAACGAGUGCCGGCAGCUGCCCCGGAGCUGUGCCUACCAGUGCCUCAACCUCCAGGGCAGCUACCGCUGCCUGUGCCCGCCAGGCCAGACCCUCCUCCGAGACGGCAAGACUUGCGCCCCGCUGGAGCGCAGUGGACCAAACGUGACCACCGUCAGCCACCGGGACCCCUUGGUGGCCUGGCUGCGUCCCCGCGACCCCGUCCCCGCUGGGUCCUACCACGCCUGGGUCUCCCUCCAACCGGGCCCCAGAGCCCUGAGCACGGGCCGGGCCUGGUGCCCUCCUGGCUUCAUCCGGCAGAACGGCGUCUGCACGGACCUGGACGAGUGCUGGGUGAGGAACCUGUGCCGGCGCGCCUGCCGCAGCACCGAGGGCAGCCACCAGUGCCUCUGCCCCGCUGGCUACCGCCUCCUCCCCAGCGGGAAGAACUGCCAGGACAUCGACGAGUGUCAGGAGGACGGCAUCGAGUGCGGGCCCGGCCAGAUAUGCUUCAACACCCGCGGCAGCUACCAGUGUGUGAACACGCCGUGUCCUGCCACCUUCCAGCAGGGCUCCAGCCCUGGGACGUGCUUUCGGCGCUGCUCGCAGGACUGCAGCGCGGGCGGCCCCUCCACGCUGCAGUACAAGUUGCUGCCGCUGCCCCUGGGCGUGCGCGCCCUCCAAGAAGUGGCCCGCCUGGCCGCCCUCUCCGAGGCCGGCGUCCCCGCCAACCUCACGGAGCUCAGCGUGCUCGAGUCCGACCCGCGCAGCCCCUUCGCCCUGCGCCCGCUGCGCGCCGGCCGCGGCGCGGUCUACACCCGCCGCGCGCUCACCCGCGCGGGCCUCUACCGGCUCACCGUGCGCGCCGCGGCGCCGCGCCACCAAAGCGUCUUCGUCUUGCUCAUCGCCGUGUCCCCCUACCCCUACUGAGGGUCGCGGUCGUGGGCAGCGGCUCUGGGGCCAGCGACCUCCGGGGAUGGGGGGUGGAGAGGCCCCGGCCGCACCGCCCAGGUGGCCCUUGCCCACGCCACCUGCUGUGGCAAGCGACGUCAUCUUCUCCCGUCCCCGUGCGUCAGCGAGACCUGCAGCAAACACGACCCUGCGCGCAGCCUUGACCCUGGGACAGCGAGAACCCGAGCUCCCCCUAGUCCCCCGCCCCCCCCGUGGGGGUGGAGCCCGGCAGGCAGGUGACAAAGGCUGCCCUUAGGUGGCAAAGGGCAAAGGGUUGGGGUGAAGCCUGACCAGCUUCUCCAGGCUUGCCCCAAGCCCCAGGGGAACCUGGCCUGGGACACGGCACCAAGACACCCGAGGGGAGGGGCAGACCCUACCCUGUGGGGACGGCGGCAGUUGUCACCCGCCCAUACCUGGCACUGUCAUCCUGACCCGGUGUGUGUAUGUAUACUAUAAAAACGUUUGCUUUUACCAA